AUAACUUUGUUUUACUUUCAGGUUAUGUUAAAUAAAAAAUAGGUUAUUGUUCCACUGACAGAAAAAUUUUGACGUUUGGCGUUUUAAACUAUUACAAAAAUUUAAGGUUAAAGCAUAUGGAAUAAAAAUAUUGAAUCAACAAUCAAUAUUUUAGAACCAACAUUUAUAUUUGCAUGGUAUUAGCUAUCUCACUUUAGCCACAAACUUUAAUAUUAGCGUAACUGUGGCCUAUGUUUGCUAACUGGAUUUAAACACAUACACAACUUAUUUAUUCUGUUAAAAUGUGACAUUAACAAGUGCCAAAGUACUAACAAAUGACAAGUAACGCAGAGACAGUGCAUAGAGUAGAGGUUAUUUUUCGUUUUCAGCUAUUUAAUGUCUUUAAAUUGAUAUAAUUAUCAAUAAAUACAUAUCGACUGCACUUAACUUUGUUAACUAAAAAUCAACAAAGUUUUGAGUACGUAACUUGAUAGGCCUAUGUAUAGUUGAAUGACUCAAGUAUAAAUAUUAGUGUAAUGUAACCAGUAGACGGUAUGAAAAGAAAUCAGAAACGUAAAGCACAUACUAAAACAAAGAUCAAAAUGGAAAAUCACAUUCGACUUCUUAGUGACAUUACUUCAGAAAUUUACGACGAUGAGAACAUUGUUACCAGCACAUCUUCUGAACAGGUUGAAGUUGAAAUGAUGAUUCUAAAAAUGUUCAAGUUUUUUGAAUGUAAGGCAUCAAUUGAUCCUAACAUGCCAAAACUUAACAGGAAACUACAUAGCAAAUUGUUGAAUAGUUGGCUCUUAACUUUACCUAAAAGCUACAGAUGUCUAGAAGCAAGUCGGCCAUGGCUAGUUUAUUGGAUACUGCAUGCUUUAUGGCUAUUGAAUGAUCUACCUGAUACAAAGACAUUAUCUAAUGUUGUUGAGUUCCUUUCGCAUUGUCAACAUCCAGAUGGAGGUUAUGGAGGAGGACCUAGUCAGUUUGCUCAUCUUGGUACAACAUAUGCAGCAAUCAAUGCCCUUUGUAUAAUUGGGACAGAUGAGGCUUAUGCUUCUAUCAAUAGAAAAUCAUUGAACAAUUUUUUAAGGGCAGUGCACGGUGUAGAUGGUUCUUUUUCCCUGCACAUAGGUGGUGAACAAGACAUUCGAGGGGCAUAUUGUGCUGUUACUGUAGCAAAAUUAACUAACAUAUAUACAGAUGAACUGUUUGAUAAAACUGCAGAGUGGAUAGUAAGUUGUCAAACUUAUGAAGGUGGUUUUGCUGGAUGUCCCGGAAUGGAGGCACAUGGGGGUUAUGCCUUUUGUGGUGUUGCAGCUUUAGCACUCCUUAAUAGAAUACAACUUUGUGAUGUUGAUGCUUUACUGAGGUGGUGUGUGAAUAGACAAAUGCGAGUUGAAGGCGGGUUUCAAGGGAGAACUAAUAAGUUAGUUGAUGGUUGCUAUGCAUUUUGGCAAGGAGCCAUCUUUCCUGUUAUAAGUGCAAUUUAUUCUCAAGAAAAUAAAGAUGUAGUAGAUAAAGUGCUAUUUAAUCAAGGGGCAUUGCAAGAAUAUAUUAUAAUCUGUUGUCAAUCACCAGAUGGAGGGCUUAUUGACAAACCUGGAAAGCCGAGAGAUAUUUAUCAUACAUGCUACACCUUAAGUGGCUUAUCAAUAGCACAGCAUGGCACCUGCACUGGAGGCAGUGUUAUUGUUGGUACGACUCGUAAUGAACUCAAUCCAGUACAUCCAUUACAUAAUAUAGCACCUAACCAUGUAUAUAACGCUAUGGCUUAUUUUCGUAAACAAGAAUAGAAAAAAAUCCAAAUUUAAUUUGUCCUUUAUUUAAUUUGUGAGUGAUAUUACAUAUAUCUUGUACAAUGAUAUAAGAGAGUGUUUUUAAAAGUUGAUAUAACUACCUGAGAGCUAGGAAUACUACAAAUCAACCAAAUAUGUUAAUUAAUAAUGAUAUCUGGAUGUUUUUAGCUAAGAUCUAGAUAAUUUAGUCGGAUGAUGGAUUUUUCAUAUUUCAUAUGAGUGUAAUAAUAAAUCUGUAUUAUGGCA